GGGGGGGAGAGAGAAAGAGAGAGUGGAGUAGAGUGAUUUGCCAUCCUGCUACUGCUUUCCUUCUUCCUUCCAUUUUUUCCCCUCCUACUUCUUACGCCAUGGCAUAGAUGAGGAGAAAAGUUUCCGGUCUCCACCACCCCUUCCGAGCUCCCUCUCUGCCCAUCAUCAAUUUAUCACUCUUCAAAAACGCCCGCUCCUCCCUCGCUCUCUCGCUCUGCCUAAUCGCCGGCCCCGCGAUUUAGGUGAAAUUAGGGUUUCGUAGCGCCCCCUCUCUCCGAGAUUCAGAAUCGCAGCAAUUACCUCUCCAGUUAUUCUCAAUUUUCCUCUCCCUAUCCCUGGUUCGUCGGAGGUCCGAUUUCUGGAUUUGGCGCCCCGUAGAUCCCACCUCUUGAAUUGAGAGGAUCUCUUCAAUUUCAUCUGCAGCAUCCGAGCGAAAAGCGGACGGAAUCAGAGAUGAUGAGGCUGCAAACCUAUGCCGCGCUCAGUCUGGUUGCGACUUUGGCAGUCACCUAUCACGCCUUUAGCAGUAGGGGCCAGUUCUACCCGGCCAUGGUCUACUUAUCCACCUCCAAGAUAAGUUUGGUGCUGCUCCUCAACAUGGGUCUGGUCAUCAUGUGCAUCCUCUGGCAAUUGACUAAACGCCUCUUCCUUGGGUCUCUCCGGGAAGCUGAGGUCGAGCGGCUUAAUGAGCAGUCCUGGAGAGAGGUUAUGGAAAUUCUCUUUGCAAUCACCAUCUUCCGCCAAGAUUUCUCCGUUUCCUUCUUGGCGAUGGUCACCGCGCUGUUGCUGAUCAAGGCCUUGCAUUGGUUGGCCCAGAAGAGGGUCGAGUACAUUGAGACAACGCCUUCCGUCCCCAUGUUGUCUCACAUUAGGAUUGUUUCAUUCAUGGGGUUUCUUCUUCUUGUAGAUAGUCUCUUCCUUUACAGUUCUAUCAAGUUUCUCAUACAGACAAGGCAGGCUUCAGUUUCCCUUUUCUUUGCGUUUGAGUACAUGAUCCUGGCCACCACGACAGUGUCAACAUUUGUGAAGUACGUCUUCUAUGUUAGUGACAUGCUUAUGGAGGGUCAAUGGGAAAGAAAAGCUGUCUAUACCUUUUACUUGGAACUUAUACGUGACUUGCUGCACCUGUCGAUGUAUCUGUGCUUCUUCUUAGUCAUAUUCAUGAACUAUGGAGUACCUUUGCACUUAAUAAGGGAGCUUUAUGAGACGUUUAGGAACUUCAAGAUACGCAUCGCUGAUUAUAUGCGUUACCGAAGGAUCACUUCAAAUAUGAAUGAUCGAUUUCCAGAUGCUACUCCGGAAGAGCUUGAUGCAAGUGACGCAACCUGUAUUAUUUGUCGGGAAGAGAUGACCACUGCCAAGAAAUUGCUCUGUGGACAUCUUUUCCAUGUACACUGCCUCCGGUCAUGGUUAGAGCGGCAAAAUACAUGUCCAACCUGUAGGGCUCCUGUGGUACCAGCAGAAAAUGGGACAAGCAGUGGUAGUGGACAUUAUGGGCCUCAUGCUAAUUCUCAUCAACUAGGGACUGCCUCUUCAAGCACAACAUCUCAGGGUUCAGUGGGUGUUGCUAGUGGGCAAGGCGAUACUUUAACGGGGCAUCAGGCUCGCCUCCAAGCUGCUGCUGCUGCUGCUGCUUCCCUUUACGAGAAAUCCUUUGUGUAUCCAUCCCCAACCAGAGUCACGUGGGCUCAGGGAUAUGCUGGUGUUCCUCAGAUUCAUAUACGUUCCCAUGACUCUUCUGAUGCAGAAUCCAGCGGGCAACAUGCUUCUGUUGGGCAAGAAGAACAUAUUCUUAUAUCUGGUGAUCCAAACAGUGCGUCUGUUUCUCAAUUCCCACAAUAUGUUUUUGUUCCUGUACGUGCUUCUGGCCUCAAUGUGACUUGCGUAGACGCAGCUGGAAAUGAACCCAAGACGUCACAGUCCCAGCUGGAGGCCCAGAAGAAGUUCCUUCUGCAGCAGAUUGAGGUAUUGCAAAAGGAGCUAGAACUGCUUCAGAGACCAAAUGCUGAUGGAAGGAACAAGGGAAAGGCAGUUAUGUCAUCAUCAUCUUCAGACUGUACUCAUCAUGCGGAGGAUGAAGAAUGAAGGACAAUUUUAAGGCUUGAGAGUUUCUGAGAAAAUGUACAUGUAACCAAACCCCCAUGGACUAUUUUCUUUUCUGAAUUUCCUUUUUAACUUAGGCUUGUUUUGGGAGUGAUGUUGAUGAAAUAAAAGUACUGGAGUAUAAUUGCUGAAAAAUAA